AUGGAGACACUCGCAUCGACCUUGGCUGGGCUUGAUUUAGAUUCCCAGGGUCUCGGUGGAAGGGCCUUUGACGCACGCAUUGCCGAGGAAGAGAAUGGCGCCUAUGGAAACCGCGCGCCUCGACGCAGAACACGACCAAGUGCCGCGGAGCUGAAACGGGAAUUGGAGAACGAGUUUUUGACUCCUUCGCCUAGAUUCAGUCCGGAGUGGCUGAAUCGUCUCCAGAGGAGAUGGGAUGUACCAACGGAUUACUCUGACCUCUUCGAGGUCGCUGGUACACAAACGCGGACAAUUGUUCGCUUUGACCGCGAGGGUCUAGAGGGACGAGUUACUGGGUACCAUGAAGUUACCGUCCCCGCAAACAGCGCAAAUGCAAAGAAUUCGACGUCCUUGCUCCGUCGGCCUGCUGGUCGUGCUGAUUUUGUCCGUGGUGCGGCUGGGUUUUUCCCGUUUGCCCCUGGCGGUCUAGAGGGCGUUGAGGCGAUCGCGGAGAUGGAGACCGAGGUUCAAAAUGCAGAAAUCUCCAGAUCCGGUGGGAAGCAAACUGGGCUGGACCGGAUUAUCAAUUUCGGCUCCGAGGGUGGCUUGUUGGAAAUCGCCCCGGGGUUUUCGCGUGGGCUAAAAUUCGAAGAGGCAAAGUCUAAAGAGGCCGCAGAGGAGGAUGAAGGAGUUGAAAACACCCUCCAGGAAGAGGACGCUGAUAUCAAUCUUGACAAGGACGAGACCAUGUCCGAUGUGGAGGGAGGAGUGAAAAUCGACGACGAAGAGAGCAGCGAGGAUGAGGAGGAAGAGGAUAUCGACUCCUUAUUACCCAUCGAGUUUCCGUCUCUCGAGCCACGCAACGCACUUCUUUCCGCCGUACAAAAGAAGGGCGGCAGGGAAUGGGCACACGUCGUGGAUGUCAACAAGGAAAUCUCCAACUUUCACGAUUUGGUGCCUGACAUGGCUCGUGAGUGGCCAUUUGAGCUGGAUACGUUCCAAAAGGAAGCCGUCUAUCAUCUCGAAAACGGAGACUCUGUCUUUGUGGCGGCACACACGUCGGCAGGUAAAACGGUCGUCGCGGAGUAUGCGAUUGCUCUCGCUGCCAAACACAUGACGAAAGCCAUCUACACCUCCCCGAUUAAAGCUCUCAGUAACCAAAAGUUUCGCGAUUUCAAGAAUACCUUUGACGACGUUGGUAUUCUGACAGGAGAUGUGCAGAUUAAUCCCGAAGCCAGCUGCUUGAUCAUGACUACCGAGAUUCUGCGGAGUAUGCUUUACCGCGGAGCAGAUCUGAUCAGAGACGUGGAGUUUGUCAUCUUUGACGAGGUGCACUACGUGAAUGACCUCGAAAGAGGAGUUGUCUGGGAAGAAGUCAUUAUCAUGCUGCCUGAGCAUGUCACUCUAAUUCUUCUGUCUGCUACGGUGCCCAAUACCUACGAAUUUGCCUCGUGGGUGGGCCGUACAAAGAAGAAGGAUAUUUAUGUUAUCUCAACGGCCAAACGACCUGUCCCUCUCGAACACUAUCUCUGGGCUGGAAAGGGCAAAUUCAAGAUUGUCGACUCGAACAAACGCUUCCUUGAGAAUGGCUGGAAGGAAGCCGAUGACAUCGCCUCUGGAAAGGAUAAAAUUAAGGCGCAAAAGGCCGCCGAGGCCCAGGCCCAGUCUCAGGCAAGCAGGGGUGGUGGCCAGCAGGGACGAGGGCGUGGUCAGGCGCCUGGAGGAAGAGGUGCCCCUCGAGGAGGAGGAGGAGGCGGCCAACGUGGAGGGCCACAAAGAGGAAGAGGUGCGCCGUCCAAUAGAGGCACCGGUAACAUUGCUCGUACAGGCCGCGGUGGAGGACGAACAACUGCUGCGCAGGACAAGACCGUUUGGGUGCAAGUUGUUCAGCAUCUGCGAAAGGAGAACCUACUUCCGGCGUGUAUCUUCGUCUUCUCCAAGAAACGAUGCGAGCAAAACGCCGACUCGCUAUCAAACCAGGACUUUUGUACAGCUUCUGAGAAAAGUCUAAUUCACAUGACGAUCGAGAAAUCCCUCACUCGCCUCAAAGCAGAAGACCGAGUGUUGCCGCAGGUUCUUCGACUUCGCGAUCUACUAAGCCGAGGUAUUGCCGUCCACCACGGUGGACUCUUGCCUAUCAUGAAGGAAAUCGUGGAGAUUCUAUUUGCAAAAACCUUGGUCAAGGUUCUCUUCGCCACCGAAACGUUUGCCAUGGGGCUGAACCUGCCCACCCGUACAGUGGUGUUUUCAGGAUUCCGCAAGCAUGAUGGCAAGGGAUUCAGAGACCUACUCCCCGGCGAGUAUACUCAAAUGGCGGGGCGUGCUGGCAGACGAGGUCUCGACACAGUUGGCUACGUGAUUAUCGUCAAUUCCGGCAAGGAUGAGGCGCCUCCUGCUGGCGCACUGAGAAAGAUGAUCCUGGGUGACCCAACGAAACUUCGAUCACAAUUCCGACUUACUUACAACAUGAUUCUCAACCUACUACGUGUGGAGGCUCUCAAGAUUGAAGAAAUGAUCAAGAGGAGUUUCAGCGAAAACGCCACACAAGCCUUGCUGCCGGAACACGAGAAGCAGGUACAAAUCUCAGAAGCUAGUUUGGAAAAGAUCAAACGUGAGCCUUGCGAGAUUUGUGAUGUUGAUCUCGCAGCGUGCCAUGACGCAGCGAUUGAGUACAGCAAAUUGACGAGCGAGUUGCAUUUGAUGUUACUUUCGUCCCCUGUAGGAAAACGGCUGCUCAUACCCAAGCGUCUGGUAGUGUAUAGAAAGGACGGAUUCCGAACAGCAGGUGUCAUAGUCCGAGAAGUCGGCGGAGGCGCCAAUCCUGUUAUACAAAUCCUCGAGAUAGGAAAAUUGGCCAACAAGCGCCACCCGAGCGAGAUUUUGCCCUUCCUCCCGGCAUUCAGACAGUUCUUUAACCCCCUGCCUACUCGUGCCCUUGACAUGACACUCAAAGUUUUCAAGAUUCCAAUUACUGAUAUUGAGUGUGUCACGAACACCAUGGUCAAAGUCAGUGGUCCACCGUGGUACCUGAAUAUUAAGAAAGAGGCAAUCAAGUUUGCGGACAAGGAACUGUCCAAGCUAUGCUCUUCUUGGACCACGCCGGUUUGGGACGAACUAGACUGGGCUAGGAUCAAGGAACUACAGCUGCGGGAUAUCCUGGAUAAGAGGCGCGAACAGGCGGCUAUUGCUCAGUCAUGCGAGAGUCUCAAGUGUCCUCAAUUCGUCAAACACUUCGAAAUGCAACGCGACGAAUGGCAAAUCAAAGAGAACAUUUCUGCGCUGAAGCAGCUCAUGUCGGACCAGAACCUGCAGCUCCUUCCUGACUACGAACAGCGUAUUCAGGUGCUCAAGGACCUCGGCUUCGUGGACGAGCAGUCUCGCGUGCAACUAAAAGGAAAAGUCGCCUGCGAGAUACACUCUGCCGAUGAACUCGUUUUGACGGAGCUUAUCCUGGAGAAUGUUCUUGCUGAAUAUGAACCCGAGGAAAUCGUGGCUCUUCUAUCCGCCUUUGUAUUCCAGGAAAAGACGGAGAAUGUACCCACCUUGACGCCACGCCUGGAGAAGGGCAAGGAGGCCAUUGUACGGAUAUCAGAAAAGGUCAACGACGUGCAAAUCUUGCAUCAGGUCAUCCAAUCGAGCGAGGACCAAAACGACUUUGCCAGCCAACCGCGGUUUGGAUUGGCAGAGGUCGUCUACGAAUGGGCCAAGGGAAUGUCGUUCAACCGGAUCACAGACCUCACGGAUGUGAUGGAGGGGACCAUUGUUCGGACGAUUACUCGGCUUGACGAGACUUGUCGCGAGGUAAAGAAUGCGGCGAAGCUGGUUGGAGACCCGACUCUGUAUGCGAAAAUGCAGGAGGCGCAGGAGAAGAUCAAGAGGGAUGUGAUUUUCGCGGCAUCCCUGUACAUGUGA